UACAAAAGCGACGCCAUAUUUAUUACAGAAAGUGCUUUGUUCAAGCUAUAAUAAUGACGCGUCUUUUCUUAUUAACGUGACACUGAAAGACAUUUAUUUGGGGUUGACUUUGCUGUAACAAGAUGGCACUGCCUAUGUAUAGAGGUUCGCCCCAUCCACCUCCAGCAACUCCCCGUUCUAGGUCAAAUUAUGACAAAUCGGUAAGCAGCAUGGCCAUGUCCAAGAGCUCCGGUGCGAGUCCCUUUGUGUCUUCACCUCAUGGCCACCCAUCCUUUAACCCAGUCAAGGUUAGCUUCAGCAGCAGCAAGGGCAGUGCAGCUGGAGAUUCCAAAACACCCAAGCCGCCGAAGCCUCCAGAUAAGCCUCUGAUGCCCUAUAUGAGGUACAGCAGGAAGGUAUGGGAUCAAGUCAAAGGAGCUAACCCAGACCUGAAACUUUGGGAAAUUGGCAAAAUUAUUGGCCAGAUGUGGCGUGAUUUACCUGAAGCUGACAAGCAGGAGUUCAUGGAUGAGUAUGAGGCAGAAAAGGUCCAGUACAGUGAACUGAUGAAGGCCUACCACAACUCGCCAGCUUACCAGGCCUGGGUAGCCGCUAAAGGUAAAGGCAAAGCUGCAGCUGCUGCUGCUGCAGUUGUUGCAGACACAUCAAUGGAUGAUGAGGAACAACAACAAAUUCCUCAGCGGACGCCUAGAGGUCAACAGAGCUCUAAAAUGGAUACGCAAGGGAGAAUAAGCAUCCAGCAGGCAGACGAUGAGGACGAUGCUGAUGAUGGCUUUCUAAUCAAACACAUAUCACACUCGCGCUAUGUCCGCAAUCACAGACUCAUCAACGAGAUUUUCAGCGAGACCGUUGUGCCUGAUGUGCGUACAGUUGUUACGACGACGCGCAUGGGAGUGCUGAAGCGUCAAGUGCAAUCUCUAACAAUGCAUCAGAAAAAAUUGGAAACUGAACUACAGCAAAUUGAAGAAAGACAUGAAAACAAAAAACGCAAAUUUCAAGAGGGUAGUGAACAGUUUCAAGAUGAUCUUCAGAAGCUCUGUGAUGAUAAGCCACAAGUGACUGAGGAGAUGUUCAACAACAUGGUGUCGGUGGCACGUGAGGACCUGAAGGUGAGGCACCAGCAGUAUUUACAGCAGCAAGAACAGGAGAGGAAGAAGGCUGCAGAGCUGGCGGAGAUGAAGAAGGAGGAGGAGCAGGAAAACCAACCAGAAACAGACAAAGAUACAGUAAACCCCAAGAGUGAGGAGAAAACUAGUGUUGAACAGAUGGACGUCGGAGAGGCAGUUGUUGACUCUACAACCACUGAGCUGACUACUAUAGACAAACCAUCUCUGGCUGAGCCUGCAAAGGAAAUCGACAUGGACACAUGUAAUUCUCUGGAUGGACCUGGGCUGGAGGAGGGCAGUACCCUGGAGGACUUGGGAGUCAACAGGCGAGAACUGGACAGUCCUGACUCUCAGAAAACAGAGGACUUGUCCCAAGAUGGCAUGCCUGUUAGUUUGAUGUUGGAUACCCAGGGAGAUGAGGGACUUUACUCCCCCGAGUCCCAGGGCUCCUCCCCUGAACACACCCCAGAGAAAGGUGACAGCCCAGAGUCCCAGGGUGAGACGACACCUGAGAAACCAUCCAAGCUACGCCGGAAGAAGGAGCGUAGUGAGAAGGGAGAGAAAAUGGACAGCCCCGCCGGGGAACGUGGUGCCGGUCCGCGUCGUUACCCGUGCGACAUCUGUGGGAAGGCAUUUAAGCACAAACACCAUAUGACUGAGCACAAACGUCUGCACACCGGCGAGAAACCGUUCAGAUGUGGGCGCUGUGGCAAGCGCUUCUCCCACUCGGGCUCCUACAGUCAGCAUAUGAACCACCGACUGUGUAAAACAAACAGCAACAACGAUGACGACAUGGAAGAACAACAAUCCCCAGUUUGCUCCCCUGCCCCGUGCUCUGACACAGAGAAGGUAGACAAAGCAGACAAGCCAAAGAAGAAAUCCAAAGCUAAGGACAAAGAUGUCGUAUCAGAAAAUGGUAGCAUUGACCAGGCAGAGGAGGUGGACAAGGCUAAGGAGGACCUGGAGCAGGAGGAGUCCUGAGAGAGAAACAUACAUUUACAAGUGGAUUUUAAAUGUUGUAACAAUGUAAAUGUUUCCUGUGGAUGUUUUACUGUCCUUUGAGACACAUUUGUGUACUUUCCCUGCAGUAAGGGUAGUGAAGCUUACCCUACUAAGGACCACUAAUGCUAGUCCAUUCAGAGGACCAGGCUACUUCUUACAUAGAUAGGACCACAAUGGUUAGUCCCAACAGGACUGCCAGGACAUAGUGUCACUGUUUGGGCAUAAGGCCUGAUGUUAGUGGUGAUGUAGCCAGGACAUAGUGUCACUGUCUGGGCAUAAGGCCUGAUGUUAGUGGUGUAGCUAUGUAUACAGGUAGGUUACAUACACAUCUGUGAGCUAUAUAUAUAUACAUACCACAAGACGAUUUUCCCACGGUGCUGCUCCAAAGCAUGUUGGAUGGACACUGCAACUGUGUUACAAAAGUAUUGGAUGGAUGUGAAUAUUGUACAAUGAAUACCUGCUUCUGUAUGUUAGUAUUGUUAAUCACAGACUAAAUGGAAAUCAGCUGAGCCAAACAGCCUGAAGAUCUUAUCAAGUGUGACUGAACAGAAAGUGUUUCUUUUUUCUUUUUGUCUGACAUUUUAUAAAGAAGAUAGUGACAACAGAUUAAAGACAGGCAGUCCUUCAUAUGUAAAAAAAUAAUAAUUCUGUUACCAUGCUUACAUAUAUAGUUUACAAAUAGUCUGCUCCAAGUGUUGAUUGAAUACUUAAUGCAAGAAGUGUGUUCAGAAUCUCAAGAAGCUACACAAAGUAUGAGUUGGGUUUGCAGUAUUCAGUGAUAUUUUGUGUACAGGAAAUGGCACGAGUGCUCCCAAUUCUCAACAUCUUGGUGUUGUGUGAAUAUUAAUGUUUUUAUGUAACUGUAACACUGAUCAGGACUGUCAGCUGUAUAUUAAAUCCGAUUGUAUGGAAAAGUCAGCUGUAUUAUAAUAACAUCAGACUUGGUCCACACUCUUAGAUUGGACUGAUGAAUACAAUUUGAGACUGUUGUGAAUUCAUUGUGCGCCAUUGUUAUCUUGUGAGAAUGUCCUGAAUGUAUGGAAUGCAAUGAAAAUAUCUUCAUUGAAUAAAUUGGGAUUACUUUGACCAUUAUUUGAAAUAGAUGUUCAGGCCAUUGUAUCAUGAUCAAACUUUUUUGACACCUAAGGUUUUGUUGCAUUUGAAACAUUCUAAAUGUACGGAGUGUAAGAGAUCACUGCUGUCUUUGGUCGGCCAAACCGGAUUGCUUAAAGUUUCACAGCAGAACCAUACUUCUCCUAAAAUGGUAACUUCAAGUUCUAUUUAGGAAUUGUUAAUUCUGUGAUAUUCCCGCUUAUAAAAACAGACAGAAGCAGCUUUCGGUGAAAUGGUAUUCAGUAAUGUGUGUGAAAUCAUCUAUCACUACUUACAGUGCCAUGUGGACGAUUCCCAGUAAAGGGGUUUAGAUUUGGACGACCAUGGUGAAAUUUGACAAAACAAAAACCUCAGUGUUUCAAUUUGUCUAUCCCACACUGUAACUUGUGAUGGAUUAUCUAUAAGCUGUGGUGUGACAAUGUAGUUUGUACAGUGUAUCGCUGCGGAAUGUGCUGAUCAAAGUAGCUGUGAAUUGUUAAACUAGGAAGAAAAUGAAGGCUUAUUUGAAAUGUGAAAUAAAACAUUAAAUUUGUAAAUAUUG